AUGCGCCGCCGAGUGUGUGCAUGAGCUGUGUGCUAAGUUUCUGCUUAUGUUGUAAGACAUUUGUUAUUAGUUAGCAAAGAAAAGUGUGUUCGGAAAUUAGAGUAGCUGUUGUGAUGGCUGAGGUGAUUCAGAAGAAGUUGCAGGCUGAAUUGGAGAAAUAUCAACAGCUGCAAAAAGAUGUCAGUAAAAGUAUGACGGCAAGACAGAAACUGGAGGCGCAGUUUACUGAAAAUAAUAUUGUUAAAGAGGAGCUUGGCUUGUUAGAUAGCCAAAACACAGUUUACAAACUAAUUGGGCCAGUUCUGGUAAAACAGGAUCUGGAUGAAGCCAAAGCAACAGUGGCCAAAAGAUUGGAAUACAUUAAUGGUGAAAUUCAACGCUAUGAAACUUUACUGAAGGAUAUGGAGAAGAAGUCUGAGCAGCACAGAGAAGUUCUGUCCAGCCUACAGCAGGAGUACCAGCGGGCUCAGGGUCUCCCUGCUGGAAAGGUCUAAAUGGAUUAUUACAUUCACAGACCUGGACACUAGUCUUAAUCUGACAGACUGAAUAUACCAACUAAUAAUUCAUGCUUGUUCAUUUACAUUAACAGGAUACUUGAGGUUUUUGUUUGACGCUAUUAGGCUUUAAAUAAAGUUUGUUUAUUUAUGUUUA